AUGUAUUCGAUCGACUGGAGACUCACUCAAGUCUUUGGAGGGGAUCGAGCGAUACAAGACGACAUUAGUGAUCAAGACACGGUGUCGACAAUCGAGUUCUCACCCAAUGGUGAUUUUCUUGCCGCGGGUGAUUAUGGGGGGCGUGUUGUGUUGUUUAAGAAAUCCAGAAACGACGAACUUGGGAAAGUCGAUUUUAAGUUUUGGACCGAAUUCGCGUCCCACGAAAAAGAGUUUGAUUGCUUAAGAAGUAUGGAAAUCGAAGAAAAGAUUAACGUCGUCAAAUUCGUCCAUCAACCCACUGACGAUUUAACUCUUUUACUAACUACUAAUGAUAAAACUAUUAAGCUAUGGAAAACAGCGUCGAGGACUAUGUACACAACUCACUAUAAACACGGUUCGGAAGUCCCGGAAUACGUCCCGGACCAACAAACGAUGUUCCCUGAAGCUAAACAAACGUUUGGGAAUAACCAUGGGUACCCUAUACAUUCAUUGUGUCCGUUGGCUGAUAUGGAAACGUUCUUGUCUGCUGACUUCCUUAAGAUUAACUUAUGGAAUUAUAACCAUGCAGACUCUUGCUAUAACUUGGUCGAAUGGAACGUCGACGAUUCAAAGGAACUCAUCACUUGCGUCGAAGUGAAAGAUGGGAGCGACCACAUCUUCACGUAUGGUUCGUCCACAGGAACAGUUCGUUUAUGCGACAUGCGUUCAACAAAGACAUGUUCAUCAGCGAUAAAGUGUUUUGUGAACACCGACGAUUACUCUGCUAACCCACAACGCCAAGAAUCAUUCCCAUCUAUCUCAUCAAUUAAGAUGACGAAAGAUGGCAACGCUUUAGUCGUGCGGGAUUACCUUUCAGUGCGAACGUUUGAUCUGAGAAAAACUGAAAGUCCAACCACCGUCAUUCCGAUCCACGACCACCUCAUUUCGCGAUUUUCGGAGUUGGAAGCAAACGACGUUUUGUAUGACAAAUUUGAUCUUUCAUUGGACGGGACUGACCAAUACUGUGUGACGGGGAGUUAUGACAGAGAGUUCAUUGUGCAUGACCUGAAGAAUAAACAGACGCUGCCUUUGUUAUCACACCGUUUCCAACCCCGCGUACUUGCACCACUCCCACAAACCAUCCCGAGAAACCAAUUGCAACAAGAAGGCAUGAGUAACACAAAACUCUUAAUGAAGUACGCCCCAAGAGAACAUAUGCCAGGGAUGCCUAUAGAUUAUUCAGCUCGUGUCUCCCUCACUCGUUUCCAUCCCAACGAUAACUUAAUUGCAACAGCUGUCAGCAACAACCUUUAUAUUUUCAAUGGGUACUAUACACAAGGCUGA